AAUCGAAAAAUUUUUUUUUUCAUAAUUCGAUAGUUUAUAUAUUCAAAAAUAUCUCUCUAAAAGGAUUUUUCAAAAUUCAAAUUAUUUCCGAAGUUAUAGCCGUUUUAGUGUCGUGGCAACUAAACCGGUUGGGCGGACGACUGGAACAAUAGACGAUUGGAGGCCCGGGCUACCUGAGUAUGAAUAACUCUCUCUCUUUUCUUCUUUCUAUUAUACUUUCAGUAUACUAAAUCAAUCGUUUGAUUGACAAAGGAAGUGCUGGGAAGAUGGAAGUCGACUCAAUGAUUGAAAUGUUCAGUCGAUCCGAAGAAAAGCAUGGAGUAAAAUUCGUCAAGUAUAUUGGAGAUGGCGACUCGAAGACUUUUAAAGGUAUCCUUACACUUGAUCCUUACCAAGGUCAACCUGAUGUUAUAAAAAAAGAGUGUGUUGGGCACGUUCAAAAACGUAUGGGAUCGCGUCUACGGAAGGCAAAAAAAGAGAAUAGUGGAAUUGGUGGCAAGGGCGCUGGUAAGUUGACUGAUAAAAAAAUCAACGAGUUGUCUUUGUAUUACGGAUUAGCUAUUCGUCGUCAUCCUGACUCCGUCGAGGAUAUGAAACGUGAAAUAUGGGCAACUUACUUUCACAAAAGUUCAACUGAUAAGAAUCCUCAGCACAUGAAUUGUCCACCUGGACCAGACAGUUGGUGCAAGUGGCAGAAAGCAGCGGCCGAAGGAACUCUAAACGAUUUUUCCCACGAGGAUCCACCUCUAACUGAUAAGGUUUUAAAGGUUUUAAAGCCUAUUUACGAAAGCUUAUCGGAUGAUUCUUUAUUAGAGCGUUGUUUGGGUAGCGAAACUCAAAAUAACAAUGAGUCGCUAAAUUCUUUGAUAUGGACAUUUGCACCGAAACAUAUUCAUGCCGGAUCCCAGACAAUCGAAAUUGCUGAUUAUUUAGCUACCUGUAUUUUUAAUGAAGGCUUUUAUCCUAUUUUAAAUAUUGUGAUACUAAUGGGAAUGAAAAUUGGUCCGGAAUCUUAUGGGUUUGCUGUCAGGCGCAACGCAGGAAGAAUUGUACGGUCUGAGGUUCGAGCUUCAGAUGCUUCGAAAGAAGGAAGAACUGCUCGUUAUGAGGAGAGAAAUGCGGAAAACAUUCAAUAUGAAGUCGAGGAAGGCCCAAUGUAUGAAGCUGGGAUGGCUGAUUAAAAGAAUAUGACCACAAGGGCGGAAAUCAUGGCGAUGAGGACACUGCUUUUUUUUUCCCCCCUCUACUUCAAGGAUGCAUAACUUGAUGAAAAAAUUUUUUUUUUUUUGAAAUUUAUUUUGUGUAUUCUUUAAAUAUAAAUAAACACAUGAUAAAAAAAUGGAUAGUAAAAUUAUCAAAUGCUUUUUUUUUAUCGACUGCCGAAAAACGCUCGAAAUUCGAGCCUCUAGAGUAGAAGACCCCCUUAAAAG